AUGGAUGUGGACGACGGAGCGCAGACGAAGAAGUUCAACGAGGCGCCUUUGCUUACGUUUGCUGAGGAGCUGCCAGGCAUAUUUCGUGGCGAGGAGGACCGCGAGGCGCUCGAGGACGGCGAGGAAUGGUCAGGGGGCGAGGGCGGUGAUCAGCUGCUUGGUCGUGCGUGUGCAAACGGUAGCACUUGGCAGGAGAUGCUAGCUGAUUACGACAAGAUCAAGGACAUUGCACUGGCGGACACGAUUAGCUGUGAGAAAGCUACGGCUCUACUGGCCCGUCUGCAGGCUGACAAAGCGGGUGCGGACGUUCGAGGGCUGGUCGAGAAGGCGCUGGAGGCUGCGGCGGGUGGAGUGAUUGGAACGCAGUCGAUGUAUGUGGUGCAAAAGUAG